AGAGCCUGGCUAAAACAACAAGCCCUACUGCACGACGAAUAUAAAGUCAAGAAAAUGAAUGGCAACUUGGUAGCGCUGCCACUUUGUAAUAAUUGCACGUUAUCUCAAUGCCAGAUGCUCGAUCUAAAUAAAUUAUGUUUAUCUUAUCGAACUGUUCAAAUACCAAUGAGGUCUCUACAAGCAAGGAAAUAUAAAUUGGAUAAAAUAUCCCAACCAUUACAUCAAUCUGUUGCUGUUCUAUAUGAGAAAUCCACUGGCAUUCCCUUAACUGCAAAUUUAGCUGCUCAGAUACCUAAUCAUUGGAUUAAGCACGGCGAUAUGAUCGUCUUACCUGCCAAUUCGUUCACAGCUCAAGAAUGGCUAGCUUUAGGAGAUGAAUUAUGGCAUCUAGUAUGUUCAACACUAGGAGCAAAGCGUUUGGCUAAAAAUUCGGCUAUUCUAAACGAUAAUCAUCGUACUCCAAACGUCGAAAUGUUACUUGGUGAUUGCAGUUGGGUAACACACAUGGAUAAUGGGAUAAAAUACACCUUUGAUAUUACCAAGUGUAUGUUUUCUCCUGGCAAUAUUACGGAAAAGAUCAGAAUUUCUAAUUUUGACUGUAGCGAGGAGAUUAUAGUCGAUUUAUAUGCCGGCAUUGGUUAUUUUGUAUUGCCGUACUUAAUUCAUGCUAAAGCAAAGUUUGUACAUGCUUGUGAAUGGAACCCACAUGCUGUUGAAGCAUUAGAAAAAUCUUUAAUUUUAAAUAAAGUAAGAGAAAAAUGUACUGUCUACUUCGGAGACAACCGGCAGCAUGCCCCCAAAUUUAUAGCCGAUCGUGUGAAUCUGGGCUUGUUGCCUACAAGUCGCCCCGGAUGGCAUAUUGCGUGCGCUGCAUUGAGACCGGAUCGCGGUGGUUGGUUGCAUGUUCAUGGCAAUGUAAAUACUUACAAGGUAGUGCAAUCUGAGAGGAAGCAGUUUUGGCAGCAAUGGGGUGAGGAAGUAGCUUCAGAGUUAGAAUUAAUACUUAAUCAAAUGCAUAGCGAUAAAUCUGGAUGGAAAGCGACCUGUAAAAGUGUAACACAUGUUAAACGCUAUGCACCUCAUAUCGAUCACCUUAUUGCAGAUGUGCAUUGUACAGUGUAA